AUGGAGCGAUCGCCACGCCAUCCCGCCUUCCGCGCUGAUCAGGUCCCUGUCGAGAGCGGACGCGGACCUGGCGCGGAGGGCGGAAACCACCGCGGCGGAAGGGUGUUCCGCUCCCCGGAGGAGCGCGGACGACGUCGCGGCGAGAGAGGGCGGUGGUUGGCGUUCGGCGAGCAGUCUCGCGGACAAGGAGGGAGCGGCGGCAGCGUCGCUCGCGGAGAGAACUCGCCGCACAAUGCGGUUCGAGAAGAGACGCCGGAGCAGGGCAUGGAGGACAAGGAAGAAGGAUCGGAACGGCCAGACGAGGAGGCAGGGAUAGAAGGGGCGAAUGAGGCGCGAACAGGAGGAACGGGCGAUGCGGAAACCGAGCCGGCGGAGGCGCAAGCGGAGACGAGCCCGGUGGCGGUCGCGGAAUUAGAGGCUCCGCCACCGGGAUCGCGCGGUCGAGACGAUCCCUACGAGGAUGGGCGGCGCACGGAGAGCUCCGGACGACAGGAGCUGGGCGGGCCAGAGAUGAGCCAUCGAGCAUGGCAGGCGCCAAAUUUGCGCGACAAGGGAAAGGAGGAGCGGUCCCGCUCGGCGGAGAGGGAGCGGCGCCUCGUGGGAGGGCGCGUGGGCGAGUUCCGCCCGCGUGGCGAGUGCCAGGAGCAGGGAGAGUGGAGCGGCGGCGCUUCGCAUUCGGCAGGACGGCAGCAGCCGCGCGGGGAGAGGGGGCGAGAGACGGAAACAGCGCCGCCAAAGUGGCACGGUCAGCAGCAAGGGGGACGCAGCAGCACCAUACGCUCGCCAGGCCGGACUAGGCAGAGGGAGCGGAGAGACAGCAGCUGGUCCCGCUCGCCGGACGGACAACACACGCGCAGGGAGAAGUACGCGGGGGAGCGGUCACCGUGGCGUCAGCCGCGCACUUGGAGUGAGUACCUGGACGCCUAG